UACAGCGCAUGUCAAAUCGAAGCGCGUCGAAAAAAAAUAAGAACAAUGGACUCUUCUCGUUGAUUUUAUUUCGUGUUCAAUUGUAUUGUUUGAUUUAAUUACCAAAAUGACUGGGACGAUAAUUGAAAACCUUAGCGGGCGUAAACUAGCCGUGUUAAUGACCUUUUUAUUGUUAUGUCAAAUAACGUGUUUUCUAAUCGGCGGUUUAGUCGCACCCACGCCAGCGAACGCAAAUUCUAUCCUCGGUACUGUGUGUCAAGAUACUUCUACAGUGAAAAAUGACACGACAAAGUGGUUUUAUAAUCGCGGACGCGGUUCUUGUAAAUCGAUCAACCUCGAAGAUUUGCAUCAGGACAUUUCCGAAGCGGACAUCGUUUUUGCGUUUCAAAUGCCGAUUCCUCGCGAUAGCAAUACAUUAGACUAUUCUAGAUGGCAACAGAACUUAAUUGGGGUGUUGCAAUUCGAAAUAAAGUACCAUUCUCAGAUGGAAGUGAAGCCUCGCAGUGUUGUCACGAUAGAUGCGCGGCUCGCUUAUCAAAACAAGGGCGAUCCGGAAGAUGAAUGGAAGCUAUACACUCAGUCCAUAGAAAAACGGCACCUCGAUUGUUAUAUUCACAAUGACGAGUAUUUAUACAACUGUUCAGCCAUACCACUGUUUGAACUCGGCUCAUUAUACCAUGAUUUUUAUUUACUCAACGUCAGACUGCCUGUUGACACGCCUGAUAUGAACACUAACAUUGGACACCUACAAGACCUUUGGCUGACCGUCAUCCAUCAAAAUGGAGGUUUCACAAUGGUUUGGGUAUCAUUAAAAACUGUAUUUUUCCCAUGUAUCAUAGCUAUUUUGGUAUGGUUUUGGAGGCGCAUUCAUAUGUUACAGAGAAAACCUGUAUUACUUGAAAAGAUGUUACUAUGUUUAGGAUUGGCUUUAUGUCUGCUUAAUAUGCCACUUGAGUAUCUGACGUUGCAUUUUGACCUUCCAUUUAUGUUACUACUGGGAGACAUAAGACAGGGUGUAUUUUAUGCUAUGCUGUUCUCCUUUUGGCUCAUAUUUGCCGGGGAGCACAUGUUAAUACAAGAUAUAUCAGCACAAAGCUCACUAAAACAAUACUGGCGUCAUUUGAGUGCUGUUGCAAUGGGGUGCAUUUCUUUAUUUAUCUUUGAUAUGUGUGAACGUGGGGUGCAACUUCGGAAUCCAUUUUACUCUAUCUGGGUGACAGACAUCGGAACCAAUCUGGCAUUAACAUUCAUUAUACUGGCUGGGAUAUCGACUGGAGUGUACUUUUUAUUCUUAUGCUACAUGGUGUGGCAAGUUUUUAAGAAUAUAUCUAACAAACGGCAGACCCUACCCACCAUGUGCUCUGUGAGGCGCUUGCACUAUGAAGGUAUUAUUUAUCGCUUUAAAUUCCUUAUGUUAGCCACACUUUUGUGUGCUGCACUGACUGUUAUUGGUUUUAUACUGGGGCAAGUUGCUGAGGGUCAGUGGAAAUGGGAUGAAAACAUUGAGAUCGAAUACACCUCGGCAUUCUUCACUGGCGUGUAUGGAAUGUGGAACAUAUACAUAUUUGCACUACUGGUUUUGUAUGCACCGAGUCACAAGCGUUGGGCUGUCACUGAGAAUACAUCGGACACCCAGAAUUUAAGUGAGGAGAUUGAAUUCAAUGGAAUACCCAGUGAGACGAGCAGUGAGAUAUCUUCAUUGACAUCAUAUAUAAGGAAAGUCAAUAUUGAUUAAAUUGUUUAUGGCCUAAAUAUGAAAUAUAGUUGAGUAUUGCUUAACUUGUAUGAUGAAGUAAUACUUAGUCUCAAGGAAAUAGUCAUAUAUCUUAUCAUUGGUAAACAACUAUAACAGUAUUUAUUUAAGGAACAAGUUUUGUACUAAACUGUUUAUUAUGGAAAUGUAUUCCUUAUUAGGUUACAUUUAUUUUAUACUGUGUAAUCUAUGAAGCAAUAACCACUUAGUAAUAAGAUAUUCAAGUAGCUUUCUAGUACUAUGGAGAACUGUAAACUGACUAAUAUAAACUAAUAAUGGAUCUCAAAUUUGAAUAUUAAUUAUGACAGCCAUAAAGAAUUUGUAGAGUAUUUUUAUAAAGCAGCUUCUAGUUCCAGUCUGAGUCAUUUAAAUAUACAACUGGUUUUUUGACCUUGACUGUAUCCAGUCUGUGCUUCCAAUUGUGUGGUCGUGAACUUUUAGAAUAUAAUUCAGUCAUUUGAUUAACAAGUUUUAUUGGAGAUCCCAGACAAUUUUUGAGAACAUUUACCUAAUUGGUCCCUACAUUAAAAUGUAUCUCUCUCUAUAAAAUCCAGUGCAUUUUAAAAAUAUGUUUACUUUGUCAUGAUUAUUUUUACUUAUCUCUUCUGUGAUAGAUUUAUAUUUUAUAUUACCUUUAACAGUAUUGCUAGAUUUAUUUUUGUGUUGCCAGCCGUCUAACUUGUAUGUUAUUUGUAAGUUUUAACUUAAAUAUUGGUAGUUUUUUAGUAACCCGUAAAGUAUUUGUACCCAUUUAGAUACAUAAUUGAUUAAUAAAGUUAUUGAAUUCA